AUGGACCCGAACAUGUUAUCGUACGCGGCUUACUUGAGUGGCGCUACUCCAUUCGUGCAACCCACUUUCGGAUUUGGUCAAGCGGGCGGGUCGCAACCUUCACAACAACAAACCGAACCCGAUGUGGAUAUCGUGCCGGAGAAGCAACCCGAACCGGAGCGAGAGACAUCCAAACGCGGCAGAAGGUCGCAUAAGAAGAAGGAAACGAACGAACCUCGACGUAAGCAUUCUUACCUUAAUUGGACGAAGGAGGAGGAAUACACGUUGGCUCGGGCGUGGCUCGAGGUUUCGGAGGACCCCGAAAUUGCAAACUUUCAAACGGGCCCCGAAUUUUGGAAUAGGAUUCGUGCACUAUUUUAUAGAACGUGGGGUAAAGGCGAGCAUCGUGACAAAGAUUCCAUUUCUAACAAAUGGACCGACAUCAACAACAAGUGUCACUCCUUCCAAAAAGUGUAUCAACGUAACUACGAUAAUCGCCCGAGCGGAGAAGGUGACGUCGGGGUUUUAACGAAGGCUUUGGAAGAGUACGAGAGAACGAAAAGCGCUUUCCCGUACUAUAAGUGUUGGGAUCUACUACGAAAAAGUCCAAAGUGGGCGGGCGUAGUGACCAUGACGUUGAGCUAA